AUGUUCCAAAGAAUCCGGGGUGCCAUCGACAGGACCAUCGCGGAGGAGCAGGCUCGGCAGCAGAGGAUCGACAGCGCGACACCCUCUCGGUCCGCGUCGACCUCGUCGCGAACCAGCACCGCCGCCGGCAGGGGCAGGCGUCCGCGCCGGAAACACCCCGUGGAGAUUCUCGACUCGUCGGUGCCGAACCCCGAUCCUGCCGUCUUCGAGGCCGCCUUCGUCAUCGACGAUAGCGAUGAGCCGAGCCGCGCCGGCACGCCGAGGGUGCCCUCCCAGGAGAGGGCGGACAAGGUUGGCGGCGCGGCGGUCGUGCCGGUGAUUGCGAUAAACGGGGAAAGGGAGCAGAAGCGGCAGGUGAAGGAGACGGACGGAGCCGACGAGAAGACGCGAGAGGAUGGCGACGACGUCGCCGUCGCAACGUCGACCGAGACGGAGCCUGCACCUGCCAACGAGCAGAGCCCCGAGAUUGCGAAUCGCCUCCGCAAGCUCGAGAAACUCGAGGCCACCUACCCCGAGCUGCUGCGCUCCUACCGAGUGGCCCACAAGCGAGCAACGGCCAUCGAGCCCUUUGAAAAAGCCUUGCGAGAAAACACGCCCCUCACGUCCAUCGGCGACCCGAACGCACUCGUCGAGUAUCUGAACCAGAUGAAUCUGCGCAGCGAGAUGGUCAUGGCCGAACUUAAGAAGGUCUCGGCCGAAAAGGACGAGCUCAUGAGCAAACACGACGAGACCCAAGAAAGGUUGAAGCAGGUCCAGCAGGAACUCGAUGCUCUCGUGGCCGAGAAGCAGAGGGCCAAGUCGAGCGCAGCCUCCAGGAGAUCCAAAGUCAAGGCAGCGACAGCCACCGAUCCGUCCGAUGCCAAGGGUCCCGACGACCGAUCCGACGCGGAGGAAUGCGUCGAGUCGCAGAAUGCGUCCUCGUCCAAAGGUUCCGCACGAUCGCGACUCGACGAACGUGACAAGGAGGUUGCAAUGCUCCGAGAGCGGCUGGAAACAACCCAGGCUCAGCUGACGGACCUCGAGGACCAGGCGAAGAAGCAGGACGAGGUAAGCGCAGCCGUUCGUGUGGAGUCCGGUGCGUCACUCGCAGCGUCUGACAAGAAGUUUGCCGAACCGCACGUUCAGCUUAGCAAGGCCAACGACGCCAAGACGGUGUCGAUGAAGAUUGUCGACGAUCUCAACACGCAGAUGAGCGUCCUGAAGCGAGAGAACGCCGAAGCGACGACGAAGAUGGAAGAGCUUGCGAAGAAACUCGAGAUUAUGCCGACGACGGCGACAGGCCAGCAACCUCCGGUGACGCCCGCUUCCUCGACGCCCGCCGCGCCCGGUGCUUCGAAAAAGAAGAACAAGAAAAAGAAGGGCAAGGGGGGCGCGGCCGCGACGGCGACGUCGGGUGCACAGGGUGCCAAGGGCGUGCCGGCGGCGGAACCAUUGGCGAGUCCCGGCAUCGUCGAAUCGGAGAGAGCCGCUUUGGAGGCGGAGAUUGCCAAGCUCAAGGACGAGGUUCGAGAAAAGGACGCUCGGAUCGAGGCAUUGUCGGUCAAGCGCAAGACGGAGGAGGACCUCCUCGAGGAAAUCGAGACACUGCGCGACAACCUCGUCGACAUCGGUCAGGAUCACGUGGCCGCCAAGGACAAAAUCAAGGACCUCGAAGCGGAGAAGCUGGCUCUGGAAGGGCAGAUUACCGAGCUCGAGAGGAUGAGCCCCUUGGUGCCGCACGAGGUCGCCGGCGACGAUGCGGCGGGCGACAUGCAAUCCCUGCAGGACGAGUACGACGAGCUCCAGGACAAGACGGCGGCGCUGCAAUCCGACCUCGGCGCGGCGCAGCAACUCGCGCAGAGCCGAUUCAGGGACCUCACAGAGCUGCGCGAGCUGCUCCAAAAGGCGCAGCCCGAGCUGAAGACGCUCCGGCAGGAGUCGGCCGAGCUCAAGACGGUCAAGGAGGUGCUCGGGGUCAAGGUCAAGCAGAUCAUGGAGGCGGAGAAGAGGGAGCAGGACCUGAAGCUCGAAACGUGCCGUCUGCAGCAGGUCGCGACGGAUCGCGAGACGGAAAUCAUCAACCUCCAGGAGAGGCUCAGGGCCGGGGGCACCGGCAAGCAGCAGGCCGAGGAGUCGAAGCGGACGGCGGAGCGCGGCCUGCGGCGCGCCGAGGCCGACAAGAUCGAGCUGAGCGCCAAGAUUGAAAAGGCGGAACGCGAGGUGCAAAAGAUGCAGGAGGAGUCGAGCAAGCUGCGGCCGCAGAUCAAGGAGCUCGAGGCGCAGCUGCACAGGAUGAAAAGGGAGAAGGUGGCGGCGCAGGAGGAGGCCGACUACAAGUCUCAACAGUACCUGACGGCGCAGGGGCUGCUCGGCAGCAUGCGGGACCAGACGACGGAGAUAUCGACGCAGCUCAAGGAGUCCAAGGAGCUCGCCGAGUCGCUCGAGGAGGAGCUCGCCGAGGUCCAACGGCUGCUGCAGGAGCGGACGAGGGAGGGCGAGACGAUGCGGCGGCUGCUCGCCGACGUCGACGAGCGGGCCGACCACAAGGUGCGGGAGAUGCGAGGGCGCAUGGAGGCGGCCGUCGAGGAGCGCGAGCGGCUCGAGGACGAGUCGAGCACGCUCGCGAGGAAAAGGUCCCGCGAGACGGAGGAGCUCAAGCAGAAGAUUCGCGAGCUCGAGCGGGAGGUGAAGACGCUCGGCAGCGAGCGAAACGACCUGGAGGAACGGCAGCGGGCGUGGAGGGAGCGCAAGUUGGAGCUCGAAGCCAUCGAAUCGCAGGCCGAGAGCGAGGGGAACGAGCUGCGCUCGGCCGUUGCCCAGCUGCGUUUGGCCCUCGACGCGUCGGAGAGCCAGCUGCAGGACAACGAGAAGCAGCGGGCCGAGCUGCGCAGGAUGCUCGGCGACUCGACGCAGCGCUACGACAGGAUUGCCAAGGACCUCAAGGCGGCCCAGGCCAAGCUCGUCUCGAGCUCCACCGUCUCGGGGGCGUCGACGCGCACGUCGACCGACUCGAGCCGCAGCGGCGCCGUCGGGGGCCACCCGGAGAUGCUGUAUCUGAAGACGAUCCUGCUGCAGUUCCUCGAGCAAAAGGACGGGCGACUCCGAACCCAGCUCGUGCCCGUCCUCGGGAAGCUGCUCAAGUUUGACAAGCACGCCGUGCUAUUUCGUGCUUCUCGUGCUUCUCGCCACCUUGCAAACUUCAUCCCCCCAGCCGCAGUUCAUCUCUGCUUGCCUCGCUCCGACAUCGACAAGGGCAUCCGUACCGCUGCCAUGGUGUCCUUUUGGCCCUGGAAGGGCAACACCUCUUCCACCGCCUCGUUCGAAAGGACGCUCUCGACGCUCGCCGUCCGAAUCGCCUCGUCCCAGACGCGCCUCGAUGGCCUGCGCUCCAGCCUCCGUCGUGCCAAGGUCCUGUCGACGCUCUACCUCGCCUUCACCUACACGGUCUACGCCAUCGUCCUGCUCCUCGCCGUCGGCUACCGAAACCUCGGUGCCUACGAGUGGACGGGCUUGGUCGGAGGGCCGGUGCUCAUAUACCUCAUCCGCACCCUCACGACGGUGUACUACAACUUUCGCAUCGAGAGCACCACCGCGAGGCUCAAGGAGUACCAGGAGGAGCGUGCCAAGACGAUACAGGAGCUCAAGGACGCGACAAGAUACGACUCGACCCUGCAGCUGAUCGAAAAGUACGGCGGUGAGGGCAAGGCCAAGAACGCGGCCCAGGGACCGCAGGACGGCCAGAGGACCAAGGGCCACGGCGCGCAGGCCAAGGGCACGGCGAAGCGAACGACGAUGCCCCCGCCGCCGACGGCCAACAUCCAACGCCCUGCUGCCGCCCCGGGAACCCCCGACGGGCCGCCGCCCCGGGGAUCGCCUUGCCCUCCGCGAAUCGACGACGGGCCGCCCCCGGGUGCCGAGUUUGCCCCCAACGCCGACGCGAGCUAUGCCAUUCCCCAGCUCGCGACCCCCCCCGGCGGUGAGGCCGAGACGCACUGGUACGACCGCAUCUUCGACGCGCUCCUUGGCGAGGACGAGACGGCCCGCAAGAACCGCAUCGCGCUCAUCUGCCAGUCCUGCCGCCUCGUCAACGGCCAGGCGCCUCCCGGCACACGAUCAGUGUCCGAGAUUGGCAUCUGGAGGUGCGCCGACUGCGGCGCGUCCAACGGCGACGUGGACGAGGACGAGAAGCUCGUGAGAGAGGUGCUCGGCUCCGCGGCUCCCGACGACGACGAAGACGAGGAGGAGUUGAAGGGCGACGAAGCCGGCAGCGCCGACGAGGUGGCGGCGCCCCGGGUGACGACAGACUCUCCGGCCGCCGAGCUGCGGUCACGGAGGGCCAAGGCGAAGAAAUAG